AAUGGACUUUAGCCCAGCAAAAUGCAAAAGCGAUGCUGCAAGCGACUUUAAGUGGAAUUAUGACUACUUGCGAGCUUCCGAUACCUUAGUCAUAACGUAAGCCAACUCUCUCCAAAGUCAUCUUGACGACGGAGCGACUCCGGCCCCGCCACAUCGGGCCGCAUAACGUCAACUGCUAUUAGCGGCCGUAUCAGUGCAUCUGUGCUUCAACCUCCUAGCCGCGGGUCUCCAACAACCACUCAAGUCACACCGACAAGGCCAGCCUUCGCGAAUCCCUCCUUCGAGGACACACACGCCGUUGUGAACGGCCAAGCAGUGCUAUCAACCCAUUGACACGUCCAGGACGGUUGCCAAUAUGGGCGAUCACGAGCACUCGACGAUAAAGCACCAGGAUCAUCUCCUCCUCGACCAACCCCUCCUCCGUCUCCCGUACGAACUCCUUCGCAAAAACUUUCGAUCCGCCCAUUUCACCGUCGAAAAGGACUCGACUGCCAUCAAGACCCUUCUCAAGGAGACCGCCACGGCCUCGGUCAACGGCCGCGCAUCUCCCGACGAUGUCCUUCGCAACCUCGAUACCAUGAUCGCCCGCAUGCGCGGCGUCAAGCGUAAGCUCACUGCUCAUGCCGAGGAGGAGGCCCGCCUCACCCGCCAGGCGGGCGCUCGCAUCUCGCACCUUGGCGACCUCUACAAUAUGCACUCGGUCGACGACGUCAAGUACGAGGCCUGGAGCCGCGCACGUCUCGACCGUCUGCUUGUCGACUACCUGCUUCGCCAGGGUUAUAACGAAAGCGCCCAGGCACUUACCGCCGAGCGUAACAUGGAUGACCUGGUCGACGUCGAGACCUUUGUGCAUAUGAGCCGCAUUCAGGAAUCGCUUAGAAGCGGGAGCGUUGUCGAGGCGCUGGCUUGGUGUCAAGAUAACAAGAAGGAGCUCCGCAAGAUGGAUAGCAACCUUGAGUUCAUGCUCCGCUUCCAACAGUACAUCGAGCUCGUCCGCACCCAAUCACAACCCAAACUGCUCGAGGCCAUCGCGCACGCGAAGAAGUACCUUGUCCCUUUCAAGUCGACGUAUCCAGACGAGCUUCGCAAAGCCUUCGGCCUCCUCGCCUACCCUCCCACAGCUGCUAAUGCCGUUUACUCGGACCUAUACAGCCAAGACCGCUGGAACGCCCUCGCGGAGCUCUUCACCCGCACCCACAAUAAUCUCCUCGCCCUUCCUUCUUAUCCUCUCCUGCACAUUGCUCUCUCGUCGGGUCUUUCUGCCCUCAAGACCCCUGCCUGCCAUUCCUUGAACUCGUCACACGUCGCGGCAGACGCCAACACUGCCACCAAUGCGUCGGCCACCGCGGGCACGCAGUCCGUCUGCCCGAUCUGCUCGACGGAACUCAACGAUCUCGCUCGUAACGUCCCUUACGCGCAUCACACCAAGAGCUACGUCGAGCACGACCUGCUGCUGUUGCCGAAUAGCCGGGCCUAUGGCAAGGAGCGCCUCGAAGAGUACGCCAAGAAGUCCGGCUUGCCGCCGGACCAGGUCAAGGAUCUGCGGACUGGAGAAGUCUACCCCAUUGACAAGCUCAAGAAGGUCUUCAUUACGUGACUCCGUGGCAGAAACACGAGGGCUGCAGCCUUUCUAUGUGCCAGGCCAGCCUCAAAACUCGGUGACGGUGUGAUCUCAUCUCUUUUUCAGUGUCACCACACACCAGAUUAUCAAUAUUGCUUCAUGUCAGCGUUUAUAGGUUGUUUCGUGGAGUUUUCAGGCGCAACACGGGGAAAGCGAACCGAGGGGG